CAAUACAGAGCAUAAUCCUAAAGGUUUAAUAGCAGAGCAUACUCAUAUUGAUAAACAAAUUUAUACUCUAACACGUCGUCAAAAAACGGCUUUAGUAUGUAGUUUAAAUUGUAGUAUUAGUAUUUUCCAUCCAAAGUAGAUCGAUCAGGAGGGCAAGCUCUUGGAUAGCCUUGACUGUAACAGGUUGUAUAUUGUCUGAGCAAUCGUACUAUAAAAGCGUACGAUGACCAUAAAAUUUGGUAUUAUAUUAAUGCCGUGCUUCAUACACUGAUAUUUAUCAGUGUUAUGCGUUAAAGAGCAAAGGACGACGAGAAACCGCUUCAAAAAGAUAAGAGCUUGUAGUCGUAUGCCUUCAGAGUUUCUCCAAUCAAUUUUAACGCUAAUUAAGUGAGAAGAUCAUUUUCUCUAAGACAGAGUAAACAGCUGGAUGAAAAUGGCUGAAAUUGGAAAAGGAAUGCAAUACGUAACAUCGUUAGGUGGUCUGUUUAAAAUACUCGAGAUGGCACUUCUCUUUGUUGCGCUUGGCGUGGUAGGACUCUUCUUGAAGAACGGACCAGAAAAAGAUUACGAGAAGAAAAACAGGGUCGAAUUCUUUAUUGCAGCUACAGCAAUAGCCAUUGCAGUAACCGUUGUAUUCUUUAUGAUUUUCCUCACGGGGAUUCAUAAAAUUGUGAACAUAGCUUGGACAAAAACAGGGGCAGGUGUAUUUGCGUUUCUUGGAAUCCUAGUGGUAGUGGGAUCCACCAUGUUACUCGAAGCGCAUACAUCAUACAACGGUAACAAUUUCUGCGCUAUAUUGGAGACAUUGAACAAUAAAGUUCAAUGCAAGCAUCUUCUCACCGGAAUGAUUUUUGGAUUUAUCGCAGCUGCAGCGUUCAUCGUGGAUGCCAUAAUUCAUUAUAAAAUGCGAUAUGUAUAAACCAAAAUUACCAUCUUGACAUUCCUAUCGACUGGUUUGGUAGUAGUUUGUAUUAAAUGAAACAUAUGUAAAAACAUGAAAGUUAAAUUUCCAAGAAAUCUAUUUUAUCGAAGAAAUUAAAAUAUCAAGUCAUAAUAAUGUCAAAAAUACAAGAGUAUUUAUGUCAUCUCUAAAAUGGUUAUUAAAUGGGUAAAUUAAAUGGAAAGAAAAAA